AGGUAACCAGAGCUCGUUGAUUGCCUUGCACUAUAUCAACAAGGUUAUACCGAAGACGGUGUUUAUGUGAUUAAACCAACUGCACAUUCUCUUACUGAUGUAUGGUGUGACAUGUCAAAUGAUGGAUGGACUAUUAUACAACGACGUCAAGACGGAUCAGAAGAUUUUUACAGAAAUUGGGAAGAAUAUAAAAACGGAUUUGGGAAUACCACUGGAGAGUAUUGGCUCGGACUAGAAGAUAUGCAUUAUUUAACAAUUAACACAAGUUCACUUUAUGUAUACAUGGAAACGUUUGAAAAUGACAAUGUUGAUCCGGUUUCUGCCUAUGCUGAAUAUUCAACCUUCAGAAUUAAUCAUGAGAGUGAUAAAUACAGAUUGUCGGUUGGAGGAUAUGGCGGCUCGUGUGGCGAUUCCAUGUCGAAUCAUAACAAUAAUCAAUUCACAACAAAAGACAGUGAUAAUGAUCAAAACGGCGACAGGAAUUGUGCAGUGUCCUAUAGCGGAGGUUGGUGGUACAGACAUUGUCAUCGUGCAAAUCUGAAUGGACUAUAUCUGGAUGGAGCAGAUACUGAUUUCGGCCGAGGUAUCAAUUGGAAAAUGUGCUGGGGUUAUUAUUACUCUCUCAAGAAAUCUGUAAUGAAGAUUAGAAGAAACAAUUAACACUUUAAUUCGUUUCAUUUGAAACCUUUAAUUACACUAGUUUAAAUUUAAUUAUUAUAGAAUAUAUUUUGUUGUUUGCACAUGCUCCAAGAAUUCUAAAUGUAUAGACUGACAAUCCUUUUACAAAGUCGAAGAUUGGUUGACUCUGUUUUGUCCAGAUGACCAAAAGUGUGCAUAUCGACGACAUGAAGAACGCUUUACCGACGAUUACUUAUUGAC